UUUUGAUCUGAGCAGUUACCGUUAAGGUUACAGCAGCAACGGCAGGACUCGCAGGAAGGUAGCGAAUGAAUUUAAUUAGUAGAAGAAUUCCCGCUUUCCUUUCACUUUCUUUUCUGUUUCCUUCGCUCUCCCUUGACUGAGGACACUUAGAGUAUCGCACGACGCUAAGCGUCACCGCGGCAUCACCACUACAACUUUCAUUGCUCGUAGUCGGUCUAUACAUUAUACAUCCACAAUUUGACAGCUACACACCCCGGGCUUCCAGCAACGUGCAACACAAGGUAGUCACUCAAACCCCAUCAUCAACCGCCAUGGCCACCUCCACAGUAGGCCUCGUCAACAACUGGUAUCCGCCGACCCGCGAGAACUACGAAUUCGUCCUCUCGCUAUGGAAAUGGUUCCCCGCUUGGGCCUCCCUCCAAUGGUUUAUAUCCUGGUACGGCAUGGGCAAAACCUCCGUGACCUCCCGAUUCAACCUGCCCGGCCGAAUCGGGUGGCUCACAAUGGAAGCCCCGGGCUUUUUAACCCUGCUCUACACCCUCCGCACCCUCCCCUCCCAAGCCCUCUCCUCCUCCUCCUCCUUAACCCCCUCAUCCGUCGACAUCGACAUCGACCUCCCCUGGCAAAACAAAGUCCUCGCGACCCUCUUCGUGCUGCACUACACCUACCGGGCCCUGCUCUUCCCCUUCCUCCAACCGUCCAUGUCCCCCCUGCACAUCCUCAUCUGGGCCUCCGCCAUCUGUUUCCAGGUCAUCAACGGUCUGUGUCUUGGUUCCUGGCUGGGCGGGUACGGCCCCACGACGGCGAACGACUGGGCCGUGACCUCCCCGACGUGGCAGUUUGUGGCGGGGAUUGGGCUGUUUUAUGUCGGGUUGGCAGCGAAUUACUACCAUGAUGAUGAGCUGCGGGAGAUAAGAAGGCGCCAGGCGAGGAAGCAGGCGAAGGAUGUCAAGGAUGGGAAGGUGAAGGAGGGAGGGAGUGUGGAGAAGCAUUAUGAGAUUCCAGAGGCGGGGCUGUUCAAGGUGGUGCUGUACCCGCAUUACUUUGUUGAGUGGGUUGAGUGGUUCGGGUUCUGGAUGGCGGCUGGGUGGGGGUGCGUGCCGGCGAGGUGCUUCUUGUUGAAUGAGAUUGCGGCUAUGCUGCCCCGGGCGGUUAAGGGGAGGCAGUGGUAUGCCGAGAAGUUUGGGGAGGAGAGGAUCAAGGGACGAUGGGCUGUUAUUCCGGGCGUUAUCUGAGUUCUGAAAGGAUGGGGUCAGGGGAUGGGAAGUAAUGAUGAGGUUGAGGAAUGGUGGGCUGUCAUAGGUUCAAGUACCAGUUUUAAUAUUGCUGACACCGACAUAAUUGCUGCAAGACAAGCUGAAUUCGUUUCAUAUUUACUUCUAGUCCCGCCCACCUCGCACACUUAUACUACAACAGGCAAGCAG